UGGAAGCAGCAGUGCAGCGAGAGCAGGCAGUCAUUCUGGCAGUGCUUCUCUGCUUUCAUACAACAGCCGAGGCUACACUGCCCUCUGUGUUGUCAGCCAGGCAGACAGGGGAGGGAACAACACUUCCAAAAGAAGAGCAGGAGGGAUUCUUUUUCUUGUUUCCAUACAUAUGCCUUCUUGGAAGAAGAAAAGUAGAACCCUUCAGCAUGCAAGGAGAAAGCAAGCAAAGUUUGUGGGGUGAAAGUUUCCUCUCUGAGAACUCCAUGGGGGCCAUGGGAUAUUACAGAUUAAAUCGUUUCUCUUGUGUCUUAAUAUGUGACUUCAAUCUGCUUCCAAGUGGUUCUGUACUCUGGGUCUACUUUUCUAGUCAUCCUGGUUGGUGGGCAGCUGUUUGAGAGAUCCCUCUGUCUUCAGGCUUCAGCACCAUGGACAGAAGACUCAACAUAACUCCGGAAACCCUGAACCAGCUGCUGAAGGAGCACAAUAUGACCAGGCUCCAGUUCAUUGCUGCUUAUGGCCUCAAACCUUUAGUCUAUAUCCCGGAGCUGCCCCUCAGUGCCAAGGUCAUCUUCCUGGUCUUGUAUAUCAUCAUUUUCAUCCUGGCUUUGUUUGGCAACAGUUUGGUGGUUUAUAUCAUUAUUAGAAAGAAAGCCAUGAGGACAGUCACCAACAUCUUCAUCUGCUCAAUGGCUUGCAGUGACUUGCUGGUAACUUUCUUCUGUAUCCCUUUCACUCUGCUGCAGAACAUCUCUUCUGAGUGGCUGGGAGGCCGGUUCGUUUGUAAAAUGGUCCCCUUCAUUCAGACCACAGCGGUGGUGGCCAGUACUCUCACUAUGACCUGCAUUGCAGUUGAGAGGUACCAAGGAAUUGUCCAUCCGCUCAAAAUGAAGAGGCAAUACACCAACAUCAGGGCCUACAAGAUGCUCGGAUGCGUAUGGUCAGUCGCCAUUGUUGUUGGAUCUCCAAUGCUUUAUGUCCAGACCCUAGAGGUGAAAUACGACCUGCUAUAUAAUUUGUACCAUGUGUGCUGCCUGGAAUCUUGGAGUGAUGUCGGACUGCGCAGGGCUUAUGCCAUUUUCAUCCUUGUGGCCCUCUUCCUUGUCCCUCUUGCUGCCAUGCUGCUGCUAUAUAGUCGCAUCGGCUAUGAGCUGUGGAUCAAAAAACGUGUUGGGGACUGUUCUGUGCUUAACACCUUGAGCCGUAAUGAGAUGGCCAAAAUCACCAGGAAGAAAAAGCGAGCGGUAAUGAUGAUGGUCAUUGUCGUGCUCUUCUUCACAGCCUGCUGGGCCCCCUUUCAUGUUGUUCACAUCCUUUUUGAAUACAAUAACCUAGAGGACCAGUAUGACGAUGUGACAGUGAAAAUGAUUGUGGCCAUCGUUCAAGCGGUUGGAUUUUUUAAUUCCUUCAAUAAUCCUGUGGUCUACACUUUCAUGAAUGAAAACUUUAAGAAGAGUUUGGUGGCUAUACUCUUCUGCCACUUCCGAGCCCAGGAACCAGUGGAGCCGGCAGAUAAAAGGGACAGCCAACAGUCAGAAAGACCCAAAGGAGGAGCCACCAUGUUCUUUACCCGGAGAGAUGGACGCAGUGGCCAAAGCCACCUUAGUGCAGAGAAUUUAGAGCUUAGACUAUGUGAGCAGUUUCCAAGUGCUCGACUUGAGUCUGUUGCUUACCCGCUAGUGAAUUCACACAAAGACUUACUUCCAAAUGGCCAGUCUGCAUAACGAUCAGAAAAGUUCUUUCUGCUGAGUAAAUAUUUACUUAUGGUAUAUGGAAUGCAAUGUAGAGAAUCCAUGAAAACUGAAUAUAGUUAUGGAGACAAAUCUAAAGGAUCAGAAAUCCGAAGGAGCCAUAAGCCAAGUUAAUCAGAACAUGCAGCACUAAAAAGACAGCAGAACAAAUUAUUUGAUGAAUAUUAAUGCUAGCUCUUACAUAAAAGGGCAUAGCAUUAUGUCCCCAGAUACUCAGUGAUGGACUGAAUUCCUUGAUGGAACGUGAAAUAUGAUAUUGCUGUUUUAAGCAAAGAGGAAGAGGUCAUUUGUCUUUUGCACAUAUUUUCUGUAUGCUGUGCCCAACUGCAGUGGGGAGCAAUCAUUUCAGAUCUAAGACACCAUUUUUCUCUUCCAGCUCUCUAAGACUAUACUUGACAUUCCAAGCAGUAUAUUUCUAGUACAGCGAUCUGCAGAGUGUUAACCUGUUUGGAAUUCAAUUCAGAGUUAUAGAUAAAAUACUGCAACAUAAAGGUCUCUCAUUAAAAUCCAUAGCGGGGUUUUAUAAGGAAGGUGACCUACGUCCCAAAUGGGUUGUAACUUGGAGGAUGAGCACCAGUGCCCUAGCACAUAAUACAGAAGAGAAAGCAAGCCUUGAAAAUGGAAAUGGGAUCCCCAAGCCGAUUAAGAAAAUGUAAAGUUUGGU